CUGGACGAAGGCUACUACAGCGCCUACGUGCUUCACGGAGUUGCGCGUGCGCAGUAAACAAACAGACGCUCACCCCGAGUGGUGAAGCUAAGAAUGGCUUAUCGGCUGGCGGCGGCGGUUUUGGCGCCGCCUCUGUCCACCGUAUGGAGAGGCCGCGGGCUGAGCGGGCUCUGGAAGCUGGCACGGGUCCGGCAGUGGCAUCAGAGGACCCAGCCAGGAUGCGUUGUGUCCCUCAGUCGCUGGCUGUGCUCCAAGCCUCCUGAAGGCUCCGAGAAGAAAAAUGAACAAGCCCAGAGUCCACCAGGUGCUGCCCCUGAUGACAAAGAGCCUCUCGCUUCCAAAGACCUUGGUCACCAGAAGAAUGCAGGGAGCAGCAGCAGAGGAGGCGGCGGCGGCAAAAGAGGAAAGGAGGAGGAGGAUUUGGGGUGGUGGAGUCGCAUGCAGAAGGGAGAGUUCCCGUGGGAUAACAAGGACUUCCGGUACCUGGCUGUCAUGGGGGCUGGCAUCCUCUCAGGCUUCCUCUUCUUCUACUGGCGAGAUCCUGGCAGAGAGAUCAACUGGAGGCACUUUGUGCAGUACUACUUGGCCAGAGGAGUGGUGGAGCGGCUGGAAGUGGUCAACAAACAGUUUGUGCGUGUCUUCCCGGUCCCUGGAGCCACCUCAGAGAAGUACAUCUGGUUCAACAUCGGCAGCGUGGAUACCUUUGAGCGGAACUUGGAGGCUGCUCAGCUGGAGCUGGGGAUCGACAGCGCCCACCAGGUGUCCGUGGUCUACAACACGGAGAGUGACGGCUCUUUCCUCCUGAGCAUGGUCCCCACCCUGCUGCUGAUGGGCUUCCUGCUGUUCGCUCUGAGACGUGGCCCCAUGGGAGGUGGGCGUGGCGGGCGAGGGGGAGGCAUCUUCAGCAUGGCGGAGACAACAGCGAAGGUCCUGAAGAACAACACGGACGUGCAGUUCAGGGACGUGGCUGGCUGCGAGGAGGCCAAGCUGGAGAUCAUGGAGUUCGUGAACUUCCUGAAGAAUCCCAAACAGUACCAGGAUCUCGGAGCCAAGAUCCCAAAGGGAGCGAUGCUCACAGGCCCUCCGGGGACAGGGAAGACCCUCCUGGCCAAAGCCACUGCCGGAGAAGCCAACGUCCCCUUCAUCACCGUGAAUGGCUCCGAGUUCCUGGAGAUGUUUGUUGGAGUCGGGCCUGCCAGGGUCCGCGACAUGUUUGCCUUGGCACGGAAGAAUGCGCCCUGCAUCCUCUUCAUUGACGAGAUCGACGCCGUGGGGAGGAAGCGGGGCCAGGGGCACUUCGGGGGGCAGAACGAGCAGGAGAACACCCUCAACCAGCUGCUCGUGGAGAUGGAUGGGUUCAACAGCAGCACCAACGUGGUGGUCCUCGCAGGCACGAACCGCCCUGACGUUCUGGACCCAGCGCUGAUGAGACCAGGCCGCUUUGACCGGCAGAUUUAUAUCGGCCCGCCUGACAUCAAGGGCAGAGCAUCCAUCUUCAAAGUGCACCUCCGGCCUCUCAAGUUGGAUGCAAACAUCAGCAGAGACGCUCUGGCACGGAAGAUGGCGGCCCGGACUCCUGGGUUCACAGGAGCCGACAUCUCCAGCGUUUGCAACGAGGCCGCGCUGAUUGCCGCCCGACACGCCAGCCCCACCGUGGGCGAGGAGCACUUUGAACAGGCCAUCGAGCGGGUCAUUGGGGGGCUUGAGAAGAAGACCCAAGUUCUGCAGCCCAAUGAGAAGAACGUAGUGGCUUACCACGAGGCCGGACACGCUGUGGUUGGGUGGUUCUUGGAGCACGCGGACCCCCUGCUGAAGGUCUCCAUCAUCCCCCGCGGGAAAGGCCUGGGCUACGCGCAGUACCUGCCCCGGGAGCAGUUCCUCUACACCCGUGAGCAGCUCUUCGACCGCAUGUGCAUGAUGCUGGGGGGCCGGGUUGCCGAGCAGCUGUUCUUCGGCCGCAUCACGACUGGGGCCCAGGACGACCUCCGGAAGGUGACGCAGAGCGCCUACGCCCAGAUCGUGCAGUUUGGCAUGAGCGACAAGCUGGGCCAGCUCUCCUUCGACCUCCCGCGGCCGGGGGAGCUGGCGCCCGAGAAGCCGUACAGCGAAGCGACCGCCGAGCUCAUUGACGAGGAGGUGCGCUCCUUGAUCAGCACCGCCUACGGAAGGACGCUGGAGCUGCUGACGCGCUGCCACAGCCAGGUGGAGAAGGUGGGGAAGCGUCUCCUGGAGAAAGAGGUCUUGGAGAAGGCAGACAUGGUGGAGCUCCUGGGACCCCGGCCCUUUGCGGAGAAGUCCACGUACGAGGAGUUUGUCGAAGGGACGGGGAGCUUGGAGGAAGACCUCUCCCUCCCCAAGGGCCUGAAGAACUGGAACGCCGAGCAGGAGGAAGGGCCCCCCGAGGAGAGAGCCCAGGAGAAGGCCGCCUAGGGGGCACAGACGGGCCACUCGUUGGGUAAGCGUCUGGGCCCGGUUCUGCGAAGAUCAGCUCCUGGGGGGCACCUAUGGAUGUCCGGAUGGGACAGCCUGCCGAGAGACCAAAGACCAGCUGUGCCUUGCUUUGUCUCCGAUCACGGGACUGGGUGGAGUGUGGCAUCUUGUGCAUGUGUGCAUGCACACAACCCACUCACACACACACACACACUCCAGCCUCCUCUCUCACCAGGGACCAGGUGCUGCUUCUGCUGGUGUGCCUUUGUCUGCAGCAGGCAACCAAGAGCCCUCCCCCUCUUCAGGGCCAGGUGGACUGUGGGAAGCCCGUGGCCUGGGGCUGGUGCCCUUCCCUGGACUGACCAAAAACUGCCGCUGUGCCCCCAAUGAAGCCACGUGCUCCCGCCUGACCCCGGAUUCCGUCGCUUGGAGAGAGGCUUGGACCAGCCUCCCCAGCCAGGAGUUCUGCCCCGGCAUCCAGGGGGCGCCUCCCUGUGCUCAGUGCCUUCUCCCCAGCACCACCCUUGCCAGCCUGCCCCUCCUGCAGCCUGGAGGCGCCACCGAGGAAGGGCCGGCCUGAGCCCCAGGAGCCUUGAGAACGCCACAGACUUGUCCGCAGCGCAGGUGACGGUGGGGCGGCCUGGACGUGGCCGUGGGCUCUGUGGGAAAGAGGGCCUGCUGUGUUGGGCUGGGUGCAAAUCAGGUGCUGGUUAAAAUGGUGCUGUGUGGA